AUGGACUUUUUAAAAGAAAUCCGAUCAUUAUCUAGAGCUGGAAAACAAACAACUGACAAGUAUAGCUUAUCCAUUAUAAUAGAUAGCUUAGACCGAGGGUGCACCAUCAGAAAAAAAUUUUGUCCAAAGUACAACCUUAUACUACCUAGGCAUCUCAAAGCCUUAAAUAGAGAUUGCCAUUUUCCUUUGUAUUUCUUAAAAAUAUUGACAAGUGCGAGCUUAUUUUAAAAAUAAAACUGAUAGUCAGCAUUGAUCUAUUAAAAUACAGGAGAUAUAUCUCAUUUUGAAAGAUAAAGACAUCAUUUUAUCUGGAAAUAUAAAAAGAAAACCAAAUUAUAUUAAGAAGCCUAAUCAAACUGAAAAAGAUCAGUUAGUGCAUGAAAAUCAAAUUUCCACGCCCUCUAAACCCAAGAUAAAAAUAGGCCAUCAUGGCCGGAAACCAUUACCGGGCAUUUGGGGCAACAGAGGAAAAGAAAAAACCAGAAUUCUGGGUGACCGAAAAUAAAAAAACGGUGGCCCCGAAGGGCCACGGAGUUGCGAUGGCAGAUUUUGCGGGGUGGGGUGUGGGCUUGGGCUGACCGGGCCUCCCCUCGACACACAGACGAAAGACCGACGGCGCAAUACCAAGCAGGCACUUCUGGAGGAGCAUUUUGCUGCCUGUAAAUGGCGGAGGUAGUUCCAGAAGGAGGCUGUGGACGAUCCCCUCGUACCAUGAGCACUACCAGGUGUCAAGAGAGUCCAUUGACGAAAUUUUUGGUCCAGCAGGUUCGGGUGAGUCUCCCCGAAAGAUGUCGACGUCACCAUUUUUGAUGACGUCGACAGAAAAGGGCGUUAGGUGGCUUUAGUGAUUGGCGCCACAUGAAGCGUGAAGCUGAAGCUCGACUGGCUAGGGGCUGAAAUAAUCCCCCUUAAUCCCCUCUAAUCUAACUCUCUCUCUAAACCCAAGGGAGCUAGCCAUAGUUCAAAAAGUUCAAUUUCAUCGCCAUCAUUUAAAACUCAAGACAGAAUCAGCUACUAUAAAUCUCGCUCAAUCAAAGACCCUCACCCUCCUCCUGGCCAUUACGAACCCAACUUUGAGGCUAUAAAAAAAUAUAUUGGCUCCCCAGUAUUUUCAAGACCACAAACUCAAAGGAAAAAAUUAGUUGCCAAUUCUCCAAAACCAAAUAAAAAUGAUAAUUUCAUAUCAAAAGAUCACCAAAUUAAAAAAGCGGAUUCUAUUGCAGAUACGAAAUGAAUGUCAAUUCAAAAGCCAACCCCUUCAAGUAAUUUUAAUGAAAGCACAAUACUAGCCUUAAAUUUAUCCCCAAUAGCUUCAACCUCUGCAAAAGCACUUUCAGCUUUAGACUUUAGGAAGCAGACAGGCAGAAAACCUUUAUUUAAAUCAAUGGAGUUUCAUCAAGAUUACAAACCCAAUAAAGAUAUUUGCAUGCCUAAACAAAGGGUUUUAGAUAUGAAUAAAAAUUUGAGCAGAAAUGAUUUCUAUAAAGAGUGCCAGACUCCUGACCCUUAUGAUGUAAAUUAUAAACUUGUGACCAAAAAGCUAGUCAGUUUUGAUUUUUCUAAGACUACUCCCCGAAAUAAGCUUCGAAAGGCUUCUCUUCCUGAUUUCAUGAAAGGGCCAUUAGGAUGAAUGUCGUUAGACUUGAUAAGUUCUGAUUCUUUCAUUUUUGACCGAAUAAACACUUGUCGUCCUUUUAUAUAUGAAAAUUAUUAA